AUGAGGAAGAUAACAUCACUUAAAAAAGUGAACUAUGUUGAUUCACCUGGAUGGUAUCUAAGAUUAAAUGUCAUUCUACCUGGUCUAUAUGGAGAAAAAGGAGAUAUUGUAAAGAAUUUUAUUUGUUCAAGUAAACCAAAUUUUCGUAAUACUAAAUCUAACAAAUAUGCACUCUUACCAGUUUAUAGAACUGCAACAGAAUUUUCUAGUGAAGAAUAUAUUAAAAUUAAACCAUUCACUUAUAUACGCACUACAUGGGCAUGUAGACAUUAUGGAAAAAUCACACAUCCGGUUAAUAUACUUAUGGCUAAGUCGACAAGAUUUAAAACAAAUAGAAGAAAUAAAUAA